UUUCACUCUGUCGUUUUCUCCAACAACCAGGCUGUGGAGUCUUCCUCUGUCUGAAGGAAGGAGAAUCUGAAACCUAAACAGAUGCUUUAAGUUUCGUUUCUCACCCAAGUUAAUACCACCACAUAACUCCAACUCUUUAGUGUUUCUGGAUGUUUUGCAACAAGGGGCGUGGUGGUUGAACGUGUGACUGUGCUCCGAUGUAUUAAAACUAUUACCUGUUGGCAGAAGUGUUGAACUAAAACACAAGCAAAUCCGAAAUAGUUUCUCCCGUCAUGAACACUAUACCAGCUUACUCAGGAGCUAGAAUAUCUGGCUGUUGGACUCUAAGAUCUGAUGGCAGUGGAGGUAGUGAGGGGUCGCUGGACCGACUGCUGCCCUCUGUCAGCUUGGGUCUUUCUCCCAGGAAACGGACCACCAGCCAGUGUAAAUCCGAGCCUCCGCUGCUGCGCACCUCCAAACGAACCAUCUACACAGCCGGUCGCCCACCGUGGUACAACGAGCAUGGAGCACAGUCCAAAGAGGCCUUCGUCAUUGGUCUUUGUGGAGGCAGUGCUUCAGGAAAAACCACAGUUGCCAGGAAAAUCAUUGAAGCUUUAGAUGUUCCAUGGGUUGUUUUACUCUCAAUGGACUCUUUUUAUAAGGUCCUGUCCCCUGAGGAGCAGCUGCUGGCAGCCAGGAAUGAUUAUAACUUUGACCACCCAGAUGCCUUUGAUUUUGAUUUGCUGACACACACCCUGCGCAAACUCAAACAGGGCAAAAGUGUGAAAAUCCCCGUCUAUGACUUCACAACUCAUGGGAGACAGAAAGAGUGGAAAACUGUAUAUGGAGCUAGCGUCAUCAUCUUUGAGGGAAUCAUGUCUUUUGCAGAUAAAGCCCUCCUGCAGUUGCUCGACAUGAAGAUCUUUGUGGAAACCGACUCUGACAUCCGUUUAGUGCGCCGGCUGCGGAGGGACAUCACGGAACGAGGCCGAGACAUCGAGGGUGUCAUCAAACAAUACAACAAGUUUGUGAAGCCUGCUUUUGAGCAAUACAUCGAGCCCACCAUGCGCCUGGCGGAUCUGGUGGUGCCACGUGGUGGUGGAAACAUGGUAGCCAUUGACCUGAUUGUGCAGCAUGUUCACAGUCAGCUGGAGGAGAGGAAACUUCGCUGGGAUAUGGCAGCCCUGGCUUCUGCACACCAGGCCCAACCCCUCCCCCAGACCCUCAGUGUUCUGGAGAGCACACCCCAAGUCAGGGGCAUGCACACCAUCAUCAGAAACAAGGAAACCAGCCGCGAUGAGUUCAUCUUCUACUCAAAGAGGUUGAUGCGCCUGUUGAUUGAGCGAGCGCUCUCCUUUCUCCCCUCUCAGGUCCACAUAGUGCAGACCCCCCAGGGAGAGGACUACGAAGGCAGGAGUUUCCAUGGAAAGCGAAUUACAGGGGUGUCCAUCCUGAGAGCUGGUGAGACCAUGGAACCAGCCCUGAGGGCCGUCUGUAAAGACGUCCGCAUCGGGAAGAUCCUCAUCCAGACCAACCAGGACACAGGGGAACCUGAGCUUCAUUACCUUCGUCUACCCAAAGACAUCAGUGAGGACCACGUGAUUCUGAUGGACUGCACUGUGUCCACCGGGGCUGCUGCCAUGAUGGCUGUUCGAGUUUUGCUGGACCAUGAUGUUCAGGAAGACAAGAUCCUGUUAGUUUCUUUGCUAAUGGCAGAAAUGGGAGUCCAUUCAGUGGCCUAUGCAUUCCCACAGGUGAAAAUCAUCACCACAGCCGUGGACAAGAAGGUCAAUGAUGUUUUUCACAUCAUUCCUGGCAUUGGAAAUUUUGGAGAUCGGUAUUUUGGAACGGACGCACCGCCUGACUGGAGCGAUGAGGACUUAGACGAGCCCAGUUACUGAUUGUCGCGCAUGCUUUGAGGAUUCAGGCUCUUGGGCGGCAAUCUGAAGACAUGCUCCUCAUCGUUCUCCUUCUUACUGCGGCCUGCGUACUUCAGGGAUUGAACAGGAAAGACAUGCAAAAUAAUUCAAAAUCAGGAAACGGGAGAUUGCAAAUAGACUAACUUGUAAAUCAUUGCAUUUAAAAAUCAAUUUUGAACACUGUUGAGUGACUUUGCUGUUAUGAAUCCAAAAUAUUUCUUAUUUUUACAGUUCGUUAUAGAGCUAAAAUAUUUAAAUUGUGACAAUCUAUUAAAAAAGUGCAGUUUUAAGACGUAUAUCUUGCCUUAAGUCACCUACUGUGGACGACACAAUUGAAUGUGAGCUUGCACACUUUUUUAAAAAAGAAACUGAAGCUUUUUCUGUUUUUUUUUUUCUUUUGUAUUUUUUUUUAUUUUUUCACCACAUGCCCCCUUCCUUGCAACUUUCAGAAAAGUAAGAUUGUAGCAUGAACCCGUCUUGCUCAACUUCCAUCGCCGUGAGGCUUUUCUGAAGGACCAUUCAAUCGGAAAAUGUGUGGGUGUAUUUAUUUUUUUUUUAGCUCUCUCGUUCAACCUUUUCCUUCAACAUGGAUGCUGACCUAUCCAGCCUAAAAAGGAUGUUGAAAACUGAAGUUCAUUAUACAGUUUUAAGUAUGUACUUGCGGUGUACAUUAAUUUUCUGUCAUUUACAUCUAUUUUUCCUAUGUAUGAAGCAGCUGAGCGGGACGGGCGUGCAUCUUUUUGUUGCUGUGGAAAUGGGUCAUCUGCAUAAAGCAAACACUGAUUAGGCGUAUGGUUUUAACCCAGUGGGUGGGAUUGGUGAUUUGAAAAGAGGGAAAUGAUGGUAUAAAAUUAUCCACAAUGUGCCGAAUGAUUUGAUUGGGGAGCUUUAUUAAAAACACGUGAUAUUAAUCUGUUGUUGCAAUGUUUUUAUUGUUGUGAAAUAUUCAGUUUACCAGAACUGGGGUCAAACUCUGCAGUUCUACAGUUCAUAUCUUGAAGGUCAAGUCGUUGAGAUUGUAGUGUUUUUAUCAUUUACAUUUUUGCAAUAUCGGCGUUGAUUUGAAGUGGAAAUGUUAAAAAGUACGGUAAAAAGAUAAUUUUUUUUGAAAAGUGGAAAAUACUGCAUCAUGUUAGUUGAAGAUAUGUCAUAUUUGCUUAUCCCUGCCCCUCCAUUAUACAACGUGUUACUUACCAAUAAACUCUGUCCAUACUGAAAUAAAAUUACUGUGUGCCAUUUCAUACCCUCUGAACGUUUUCACAUUUUGUUAUGCAAUCACCACAAAUGUCACUGUUUUAUUUGCACUUUUUUUGUGUCAAACCAAAAUAAAGUAUUGUGUUAUUGUGAUGCUGAUGGAAAAAUCAUAUAAUGUUUUUAAAAUUAUUUUGCAAAUAAAAACAUCUGAAAAGUG